AAAAACUUAGUGGGGAUAGAAAUGACUGAAGAGAAUACGCGCCGAUGAGACAAGCCAGAGUAUAUUGUGAAAGGUCGUCACAGUCAUUCGUCUAAAAUGAACGUUCAUCAGAUUUAAAUAUUUCAAUUUUUCACGAGUACUAUUUGUCAAGAUGAAUUCACUUAUUUUUUACCCGGUAUUCUGGAGAUUAAUUUAUACUGCGAUUGUUUUCGGACAAUUUUACGAAGGCGAAGAUUGCAGUCUGAGUGAUAAUACACGGGGCGUAUGUAAAUCGUUAUCAAAAUGUGAUGCUGUUUAUCAAGAGCUAUUAUCCGGGAAUAUUCCCAAGAGUAUUUGCAGCUACUUGAAUUUUGAGCCAAUCGUUUGUUGUCGUACAUUGACAAGUACCAAUAGCGGUAAAACAAGUUUUGCAACAACAGGAACAACACGCAAGCCAAUAACUACAACACAAAGGUCAACAAGUUGGUUUUUUACGACUAAAAAUCAAAGAAGAACAACAGAACGUGAUACCGAUUCAUGGGUUUUUGAAUAUCCUGAAACUAGUUCACCUAGAUUUCCUGAUAAUACUAAUCAAUUUAAUUAUAAUAAUAACAAUAAUAAUAAUAAUAACUAUCAUUAUAAUAAUAAUAAUGAUAACAAUUACAAUAAUAAUGAUAACAACUACAAUAAUAAUGACAACAAUUACAAUAAUAAUGAUAACAACUACAAUAAUAAUGACAACAAUUACAAUAAUAAUGAUAACACUUAUAAUAAGAAUGAUGAUAAUAACAAUCAAUUUCAAAGUAGAGGUAACUUGGCAAGACAAAAAUGUUCAGAAUAUGCACGUUCCAUUUACACACUGGUAACGCCACCAACAUUAGCAGGCAAUCGUCAACCGGUCAAUGUAUCUCUCUGUGCAAUAAAGUCUCAAAAACUUAUUGUUGGAGGCACUAAAGCCGCGCCAAAAGAAUUUCCGCAUAUGGCAGCUAUUGGAUAUAAUUCACGAGGGGAAAUUUUGUGGCUUUGCGGUGGUACACUAGUCUCGGAAAAUUUUGUAUUAACUGCUGCUCACUGCACUCACUCUCUGGAUUACGGUAAAGCAACGCGGGUCAGAGUGGGCGAUUUAAAUUUAAAACGUAGUGACGACGAUGCAAGACCUCAAAUGCGUAAAAUAAUUAGUAUAAUUCGUCAUCCGGAUUACAAAAAGCCGCUAGAAUAUCAUGAUAUUGCGCUUUUAAAAAUGGAAAGUCCGGUAAAGUUUGACGCUUGGGUAAGACCGGCUUGCUUGCCUUAUGGAAUGAUGAAUACUGAAAACGCGAUUGCUACUGGAUGGGGUCGAGUUGAUUGGGCCGAUGAAGAAGGAUCUGAAGAUUUGCUCAAAGUAACUUUGGCGAUGGUACCCCACCAAAAGUGCAAUUCAAAUUUUAUGAGUGGCGGUAAUGAUUACAAGUUGAAACAAGGGGUGAUAGAUGAGUGGCAGUUGUGUGCAGGUGAAGAGGGCAAGGAUACGUGUCAAGGUGACAGCGGUGGUCCAUUAGUUAAUUUUAAUAAUGAAUAUAGUUGCAUGUAUAACGUUAUCGGUAUAACAAGUUUAGGGCGAUUCUGUGGAAGUUUCGUUCCGGGUAUUUAUACACGUGUUUCUUAUUAUAUUCCAUGGUUAGAACAAACUAUUUGGCAGCGAUAAGUUUUAUAACUAUUUUUAUCUUUAUACGCUGUAAAAAAUUUUGAGUGAUUACGGAUUUUAUUUAAAUCCGAAAGUCGCGGGAUUCCGGAGUUUAAAAAAAAAUCACUCCGCAUACGAAGUCGACAGGGAGUUUGUUUUUUUAGCUGAGUGAUCCGGAUUUUAUUCCGCUCCGCAGUCACUCCGGAUUUACUCCACGUUCACUGCGCUAAUUUUUUACAGCGUAUGAAAUUUCUGUAUAAUUAGAAAUAUAAAAAUUGUAAAUAAUAAUAAAUUUAAUAAAAAACCUACAGAAUUUAUUUGAUA